GCAUGCGCAGUCAGGGCGGCGAACGGCACUCAAUGCUCCGGCUUUUCUCUCGCGAGGAAGGACGCCAUUAUCGGAAUACUCACAAACAACACGAGAAUUCAUCAUUCACACGGUUUGAAUGAUGUCAGAGCAAGAUUUAGUGGAAAUAGUCCAGAUUGCAGUGGCGGAUUUAAAUCAUGAAGGACACCAAACAGAUGUUCUGGAGAAUAAUGAAGACUCUGAUCAACCAGGGAGGAAACGAGCAAGAAUUGAGAUCAGUCAAGAAACAUCUAUCAAGUCGAUGUUGAUAUCCAUCAGUCAGGCGAUCUGCCAGCGGCUGGACAGUAUGGAAGCAAAGCUGCAGGUUCUUGAGGUGACCUGUCGAGGUUUAGUGGAGAAACUGGACACAGUGAUGGGCAAGAACCAGUCAACGAUUCAAGUACCCAUGGUGUCCGGGUCCCCAUUCGGAGCCACUCAGACUUGUGACAAAGUACGCUGUGUUGUUCCCCAGACAAAUGUCAUAGUAAGUGGAGACAGGGCGAAGACGGAGGAGACUUCGCCACGCACAUCAGACUCUUUAGAAAAUCUGCUCAGCAAUACUGUAGGGCGAGGGAGACAGAAAACCAUAGUACUGAAGGUUCCAGUUCAGGAGGAGAUUCAGGAUGAUCAGGAAAGUGGUUCGGAAACGAGCGAUUCGGUGUCCAACAGCGGCCAGCCUCAGAAUAACAACAAUGUAACGCUCAUCACUCUUAACUCAGAGGAGGAUUAUCCAACAGGAACGUGGCUCGGUGAUGAAAACAACCCUGAGAUGCGCGUCCGCUGCCCUGUUUCUCCAGCCGACAUGUUGCACAUCAGCACUAACUGCCGCACGGCGGAGAAAAUGGCGCUGACGCUACUGGACUACCUGUUCCACCGUGAAGUUCAGGCUGUCUCCAACCUCUCUGGACAGGGCAAGCAUGGCAAAAAACAGCUCGACCCACUCAUGAUCUACGGUAUUCGAUGUCACCUGUUCUUCAAGUUCGCCAUUACCGAGUCCGACUGGUAUCGCAUUAAGCAGAGCAUCGAUUCCAAAUGUCGUACUGCAUGGCGCAGGAAACAGCGAGGACAGAGUUUGGCAGUUAAGAGUUUCUCACGCCGGACCCCUGCGUCGCAGAGCAGCUCAGAUGGAGUCUCGGCUGCAGAAACAUCGGCUAUCGAGACCUCUACCCAGCAGGCCUUGCACUACGCUCUGGCUGGAGCCACGCAACAAGUCCAGAUACACCGUAUAGGAGAAGACGGACAGGUGCAAGUUAUACCACAGGGACACCUUCACAUCGCUCAGGUGCCACAGGGGGAACAGGUGCAGAUCACGCAGGACAGCGAGGGCAACCUACAGAUCCACCAGGUGCACGUUGGGCAAGAUGGCCAGGUUCUAAGAGGACCGCAGCUCAUUGCAGUAGCUUCGACAGAUGGGACUGGUGGGGUCGAUGCAUCUCCUCUCCAGGCCAAUGAUAUUCAGGUGCAAUACGUGCAGCUGGGAACAGUGACCGACCACACUGGUGCAGUACAGGCUGAAGCUCUGACUCCGGCACUGCAGGCGGAGAUGGAUGUAAAGGAGGCCAUUCAGCUCCAGCAAGCCGAGAACGGAGAGGUGGUUCAGAUCCAGAUGCCAGGCACUUGAGUCGCUCGCAAAAACGUAAAAAACGAUGAUAUUCGGCUCUAGCGCCAGUGAGACGGCCAAACCGAGGAGCGCGGCCAAUCAAACUCACAUUCAAAACCCAAACCACCACCGUCAGUCAACAACUAUUGACUAGCUCCAACUAAAACAAAGGCAAUUUGUCGUAAUUUGUCAGUUCGUUUGGAAAACACUGGUCUUCCUGCACCAGUCGAAACCAUCCGGGCUGGUUAGUAAUGAUUAAGCAAUGCUAGCUUUUCUCUUCGGGUCAAUCUGAAGUAAGUCAUACGCAAAGAUUGAGCUUGUUUACUUAGAGAUUUGAGCAGGCAUUUUCUUAAACUACCCAUGUAUCCCCAAUGUGAGCGUUACACCUAGUAGACUUUGCUUAUCCAGUUUGAUGAAUUCGCAGGACAGUAAUAUUAGCUUCGGUUCAUAAUCCAAGACUUUUCCGUUAUACUAUCCUAUUUUUUUUGGUGUGUGUGAGUGUGUUUGUAUUGGUGAAGAUCUAGGGGUAUUAUUAAGGGCUGCCCCUGUUUCAUUUAUCAAUAAUCAAUUUGUUUUCAUAAUAAUGGUUAGUCGAAAUAUUAUUAUCUUUUGUUUUGUUUUGUAUAGCUUUAUUGUACAGAACAAAAAAAAAAAUACUACUGAAAGUUUUGUGGAGCUUUUGUAGAGCAGUUUACUAAUACACAGGAUAAAUACGAUGACGGUGCAACUGUGUUAAUGUAGUAUAUGAAAUAUGUACCUUUUCUUAUAAAUAUAUAUAUUUGUGUAUGAAGGACUUGUUCAAAUUGAAUAAAUGACCCUUGUUUCCAC